AGGAGGGCGGUGGGACCCACACACCGCCCAUGCGCACGCUGUCUUACCAAAAACUAAUUGAAGGAGGGUGUCAUCAUCAACUAUCCAUCCAUCCAUCAACCCAUCAAUCCAUGGUACCACAUCAUCGAUCCGAUUAAAUUCCUCCAGACCUAACCCUAAAAUAUUAUAUCCAGCAAGGCACACCAACAACAUAACCCAAAAAUCAAAAAGCCUCUCUCUCUCUCAAAAGUCUUCUCAUCAAUCGAAACCCCAAAAAGCUCAAUUCAUUCAUUCAAUCCCAACAGUUCUAAAACUGACACCACUACCACCUUCUUCCCUUGAGAGGCCAUGGCCAAAAUCCCACAACUCUAAUUCUCUCUCUCUCUCUCUCUCUCUCUUCCUUUCUUAAUUCCUCCCAAUUCUUAACCAAAACCAACUACAAAGUUAAGCAAACUCACUCACAUGAUGAUGAUGAGAAGAGAAGAACAAGAAGAAGAAGAGUAAUUUUGUACAAGGAAGAAAGAUGGUUGAUUCUUCAGCUCUUUCAGCUGAAUAUUUGGUGGGUAUGCCCUAGAAAGACUUUCCCUUUUCCUUCUUUUCAAUUUGGCGAAGAUUAUUAGCCCCAUUCUCUUCCUCACCAAAUACCCAAAAAAAACAGGAAAGGAAAAAAAAGAAAAAAAAGAAAGUAAAUAGAACAAGCCCUCCAUAUCUAUCUCCCUCGAUCCUCAAAUAUCUUUUGUUGUUGGGUUUUGCUUAAUUGCAUAUAUAAGAGCUAGAGAGAGCUAGCUCCUGAGCUCAAAAUUAGGUUUGCAAGAAAAAUAUAGACGCAUAUAUGGAUCCAGUAGCAGCACAUGGGCGUCCACUGCCUCCUCCUUUUCUUUCUAGAGAUCUCCACUUACAUCCUCACCACCAAUUCCAGCACCACCUCCACCACAACAACCACAAUUCCGAAGACGAGCAGAACAGCAGCGGCGGAGGAGGCCUAAUUAGCCGCGGCAUCAAGCGCGAUCGCGACGAGAACACCUCCGCCGCCACCACCUCCUUGGAAGGUAAGGAACUGGGCUCCACCAGUGCCGGGGAGGGCGAGAUCACGAGGAGACCCCGGGGCCGCCCCGCGGGCUCCAAGAACAAGGCCAAGCCCCCCAUCAUCAUAACCCGGGACAGCGCCAAUGCUCUCCGAUCCCACGUCAUGGAAGUCGCCAACGGCUGCGAUAUCAUGGACAGCGUCUCCACUUUUGCCAGGCGCAGGCAAAGAGGAGUUUGCAUCCUCAGCGGCAGCGGAACCGUCACUAAUGUCACUAUAAGACAACCGGCCUCCCCGGGAUCUGUGGUCACCUUACACGGCAGGUUUGAAAUUCUGUCGCUUUCCGGGUCCUUUUUGCCUCCUCCUGCCCCGCCUGCUGCGUCAGGUUUGACUAUAUACCUGGCCGGCGUGCAGGGCCAGGUGGUUGGGGGAGGGGUUGUGGGCCCACUCCUGGCAUCGGGCCCGGUGGUGAUCAUGGCAGCGUCUUUUGGUAAUGCAGCUUAUGAGAGGCUGCCUCUGGAGGAGGAGGAGCCUGCUGCCGCAGGGCAGGUGCAGGGAAGCGGACCCCUCGGGUCUCCCGGGGUUGGUGGGCAAGAACAUCAACAGCAGUCGAUUCAGCAGCAACAACAGCAACUAUUGCAAGAUCCUAAUGCACCGUCGCUUUUUCAUGGGAUGCCGCAAAGUCUACUAAAUUCAUGCCAAUUGCCUGCUGAGGGAUAUUGGGGCACAGCACGCCCUCCUUAUUGACUGACUGAUCGCUAAGCAAGAAAAGAAGCUCACUGUGUUUUUUAUUUUUCUCAAUCUAAGACGGAUGGAUGGAUCCCUCUUUCUUUUUCUUUCUUUUUUUUUUUCUUCAAAUUAAACAUCUUUCGAUUCUUCUUCUUUUAUAAAAUUUAGUUGAUGUUUAAUGAAUUAGUUAAUUAAAGAUGUUGAUUAGUUGUCAUGGAAUUGAUUCAUCUACAUGGGUGUUUGGAUUGAAAAAUUUGAUGGAUUUUGGUGGGGGGGUGUUUGGUUUUACUAGUAGUGGAAUAGUUACUUCCAAUUCACCUCAAGUGAUUGUAGCUAGCUUAGAGAUGAAGCAUCAACAAGUUAUGCAAAAAGGUUGGCAUUCCAUUUCA